AUGAACUGGCCAGUUUUCUACACUGUCCUAGUAGGGGUGAACAAACACUCGACCGGCAUCGGGCGGAUCUGGCUGUCUGUCCUCUUCAUUUUUAGGAUCAUGGUGCUGGUGGUGGCUGCAGAAAGCGUCUGGGGCGAUGAAAAGACUGGCUUCACCUGCAACACUCAGCAGCCGGGUUGCAACAGUGUGUGCUAUGAUCAGUUUUUCCCUAUCUCCCACAUCAGACUAUGGGCCCUGCAGCUGAUAUUGGUGUCCACUCCCGCCCUACUAGUGGCCAUGCACGUUGCCCACAAACACCAUGUGGAGAAGAAGAUCUUCCGGAUCAAGCAGCUCACGGGAGAAGUCGGGGAAAUGGACAUUGAGAAAGUGACUAAGCGCAGAAUGCACAUCACUGGGUCUCUCUGGUGGACCUACGUCAUCAGUAUCAUCUUCAGGGUGAUUUUCGAAGUUGCCUUCUUAUACAUCUUCUACUUAAUCUACCCGGGCUUCAGGAUGAUCCGCUUGGUCAAAUGCGAUGCCUACCCUUGCCCCAACACGGUGGAUUGCUUUGUGUCCAGGCCCACCGAGAAGACGAUCUUCACCAUCUUCAUGCUGGUGGUGUCGGGCGUUUGCGUGCUGCUGAACAUGGCAGAGGUGGGCUACUUGAUCAUCAAGGCUUGUGUGAGACUGUGUCAGAACAAAGAAAGGAGAUCCAGUAAAAGUGCAUUUUACGGGCAUGCCUGAAGACUCCUCCCGAGUCCGAAAAACUGAUUCGGCACGCACCACUGGACACCCCAGGAUUCGAGACGAUAGCUCAGAAUUUCCCAUUGGCGACGCCAGGAUCUUCGUACAAACAUUUCUGGGCCCUCGAAUCCCACUCACAGAUCCUACCAUGAGCCACUCUAGGUUUAUUUGAUUGCCAUUUACAAUUUCCCGCAUCGGACAUACUGUGUUUCUCAGAUAGACGUCCAAACUUCAUACAGACCAAAGCUGAAUGUUUUCCUCGUCAGAACUCCAGAUUGUUUUAAAACUAACCUCGAGGUCUUCCACGCCAGUGUUCAAAGGUUCACCCGCCAGACAUUCGUGAGUUCUCGGAUUAUGUCCAAGACUGUUCACAUAAACUAAGGUAGCCAUCAAACGUGUCAUUUCAUGCUGACCAGGAAAUCGAGAGCACAUUUCAUGACUCCAUCUCUGGAAUUCCAUAGAUCAUGUAUCAUUUCUGAUUUCCGCUGAAAGACCUUUCACUCUAACAGCUUAUCAUUCAUUAUUUCAUUGUUGCAUGAAACCUCGGAAGCUGAAUUAAGACGUUUCUGUUUCCAACCGAUAAGUUGAAGAGAAUCGAUCUAAAUUGAAGGUCCAAUUCUAUCCCAAGUUUGGGAUCUGAGUUCAACACUAAAUAUAAGCAAAACCCUGGGAUCCACACUCAUUUUGGUGUUCAACAGAAUAUGAAUUGAAGUUUUUCAAUUUAUUGAUUUCAUUGAGGUUUAAAUCAUUCAUAAUUCAGUUGUUAAUGCCGUUUUAUAUUUUAAUUCGUGUUAUUAAAUAUGCAACGUUUAAAACUUACAUUAGCAUUAAUUUAUCGUGUUUCACACAACUUAAAUCUGCUGCUACUGAACGAACGGUAAGAAUGAAUGGACGGGUGGCUUUAAGCGAUUAGAGUAACAGAGUUAGAUAUUGGAUGGCAAUAAAGUGUUCGAAUCUUUUAAAGUGACUGUAACGUGACUGGACAUGGAGCAAACAUUUAAACGACUUUGUUCAUUUAUACGUUGCAAUAUAUUCGAAUUCCUUCGAAGGAACCAAACAAUGGUCACACAGCUGAAGCGAAGGUCUGUUUUCACCAAACAAUGGCCUUUAUUUCCGAACAUAUUUACUCCAAUGCUGCGGCAGUGAAAGGUCCCGUGCUAUUGGAUGUAGUGAUCCCAGAAUCGCUCGCUGUGGCCCAUUCUGAACAGAUUUGUCUCACAUUCCCAAUUUAUUGCUUUCGUUUCCUUUCCCCCUUCAACUUUCCCGCCACCGGGUAUCAUUUCCCUCGCAGGCGGCCUGUUUCUAUCGUUAGUUCAACAUCGCUGGAUAAACAGCCGGCGAUGCAGCAGUAACUCAAUGCUCUUUCUGUUUGGGGGGAAUUCCCGAGUACGGUGCAGAUCCUAAACCAGUGGCAAUCUCUAAACAGAUUUCAUGCUACAUGUACCUGGGCUAAAUUCAUUUGGAUUCUUGAGAUCAUCCAAAAAUUUCCUUUCACUCCUGGAUAUGAAAAGUGGUUUUCCUCUAACCCACAAACCGUUCUAUUAAAGUUGCUUUAUGUGUAUUUUGUGCGAUUAAAAAAGCCUGAAGAUUGAAAAUAGUUUUGUCGAGCAAAAGAAAACAAAAUAUUUUCGGUUACAAAUGACACAUAGUUCCGCCCACACUUGAUUUUCCUUUAGUUACGUGUGCCCAAUGGACUUUAGGCAGUGGUGUGAGCAGAUCUGAUAUCAACAGUAGUGCAGGAAAGAGUUUGUGAAUUACACGUGGAACAGAACUGGUGGUUCUGAUACGGAGCACAAAACUAGGUAGUGGAAUUCGGCGUGAGAUGGAACGGUGGAUAUCUGAGGAAAGAAUGAAUAAUGUAAACGUAAUAUGUACACAAUGGUCCGGAAUCUAUCUUAGUUUACCCUUUGCAAGCGGGGAGACAUUUGACAGAACCUUUCCUCAGCUGGUAAAGUCGAUUAGUUUAGAGCGAUGGAUUGUGCCCGUGGUCACUCACUCAAAUGAGCCAGCUUGGGUUUUAUUUUUAAGCGUGAGAUGUUUAUUAUUCUGAUACCAAUAUUACACACCUUCAGAUAAAUGCAACAUCUGUCUGCACACACUGUGCCUAUAAUCGGACAGAGGGAAUCUAGCUUAUUCAUAUUUUCACAUGAAUCUGGUGUGGAGAUUCCUCGGGAACGAGGAUCUUCCAGUCUGGUUUCGUGGGUUCUGGGGAGGUUGAUGGGGAACGGCAGACUUUUCCACAGGUGGGGCAGGUUGUGGCUGACGGGGCGGGCGGCUGGUUAGUUUGUGAGAUGGUGCGUUCCUUCCUCCG